GUUAGUCUGAGUGUGAGCAGAGCUGCGGUCGAGAAAAGUCUCCCUGUUUCUCUCUAAAGACAAAUUCAAGCAAAGUCUUGGAGUUUUUCUCAACUGAACAGCAGAAUCUGUGUCCAUCAGCGGUUGUAGAAAUGUCUGCUGCCAGCUGUCUGCUGACUGAAGAUCAGUUCCUGUGCUCCAUCUGUCUGGAUGUGUUCACUGAUCCUGUCACCUUAUCAUGUGGACACAACUUCUGUAAAAGCUGCAUCACUGAACACUGGGAUGUUAAAGUCCAACAUGAUUGUCCAAACUGUAAAAAGGUUUUCAACACCAAACCUGAGCUACACGUCAACACCUUCAUCUCUGAGAUGGCUGCUCAGUUCAGACAGUCAGCUCAACAGGAAGCCAGCAGCAGCAGCUCAGAGCAACAAGUUUCCAAACCAGGAGAAGUUCCCUGUGACGUCUGCACUGGAACCAAACUGAAGGCCCUGAAGUCCUGCCUGGUGUGUCUGGUUUCUUACUGUGAGACUCACCUGGAGCCUCACCUGACAGCUUCACGUCUGAAGAGACAUCAGCUGAUCGACCCUGUGGAGAACCUGGAAGGCAGGAUGUGUGAGAAGCACGACAAACUGCUGGAGCUGUUCUGUAAGAACGACCAGAUGUGUGUCUGCAUGAUGUGCAGCGUUAAAGACCACAAGACUCAUGAUGUUGUUCCUCUGAGAGAAGGAUAUGAAGGAAAGAAGGCCGAGCUGGGGAAGACAGAGGCUGAAAUUCAGCAGAUGAUCCAGAAGAGACGACUGAAGCUUGAAGAGUUCAAACAGUCAGUGGAGCUCAGCAAGAAGAAUGCAGACAGAGAGAUGGCAGAAGGUGUUCAGGUCUUCAGCGCUCUGAUGGAGACUGUUGAGAGACGCCUAAAUAAUCUGAUGGACACGAUCAAAGAGAAGCAGAGAGAGACGGAGGAACAGGCUGAAGGCUUCAUCAAAGAGCUGCAACAGGAAAUCUCUGAGCUGGAGAAGAGAAGCUCUGAAGUGAAGAAGCUCUCACGCUCUGAAGACCACCUCCACCUCCUCCAAAACAUCACGGCCCUGAACGCUGCUCCACCCACCAAGAACUGGACUGGAGUCAGAGUCCAUCCACCUUCAUAUGAGGGGACUGUGGUGAGAGCUGUGAAGCAGCUGGAGGAGACGCUCAGUGAACAGAUGAAGAAGCUGUUUGAGGCCAAGAUGAAGAGAGUCCAGCAGUAUGAGGUGGAUCUGACUCUUGAUCCUGAUACAGCACAUCCUGAUCUCAUCCUGUCUGAUGAUGGAAAACAAGUUCAUGACAGUGAUGUGAGGAAGAAUCUCCCAAACAAUCCAGAGAGAUUUGAUUAUUGUCCAUGUGUCUUAUCAAAGCAGAGUUUCUCUUCAGGCAGAUUUUACUUCGAGGUUCAGGUUAAAGGGAAGACUGGGUGGGAUUUAGGAGUGGUCAGAGAGUCGAUCAACAGGAAGGGAAAAAUCACAGCAAGUCCUCAGAAUGGUUUCUGGACGAUAUGGUUGAGGAAUGAAAAUGAGUACAAAGCUCUUGCUGACCCUAGAGUCCGUCUCUUUCUGCAGUCUGAUCCUGAGAAGGUGGGGGUGUUUGUGGACUAUGAGGAGGGUCUGGUCUCCUUUUAUGACGUUGAUGCUGCAGCUCUGAUCUACUCCUUCACUGGCUGCUCCUUCACUGAGAAACUCUACCCAUACUUUAGUCCCUGUCCUAAUUAUGGAGGUAAAAACUCUGCUCCUCUGAUCAUCUCUCCUGUCAACUAAACUGAGGAGAGCAACCACUGAGUUUCAGAGAAAGGUUGAUGUCAAAGAGAACACCUUGGGCCUUUUUCAGGAAGCAAGUUUAUCAAGCACAGAGUCAAAACCCGAACUUUAUGUUGACGAACCCUGAGAUGUCAAACUCAGAGUGUUCGGUUUCAGAACAGGUGAUAACAAUUAAUUCAAUCAACUCUGAGUGAAGGUAACCCUGGGUGAAGCUCGUGCAUGAGGAUAUAAAAAGCCCUCAUCAAUGGAACAAAGAUAACAUGAUUCACCAUGGCAACAAGCGAAACAAACCCUCGAUCCUCCUUCUUCUCCCCGGUGGAGUCGGAGAUAUUAAUGAUCGCGUAUGCAGAAAACGAGCAUAUCGUCCGAAACAAAAGCAAUACUGUGGCAGCAGCAGAGAGCGAGAGCUCGUGUGGCAGAAAAUUACUGACCGAGUCAAAACGUCCUGAGUGUUUCACUAAUUCAAUGGUUCCCAAACUUUUUCUGCGGCCCCCCCUUUGUGGGUGAAAAUAUUUCCAUGCCCCCCCCCAUAACAUACAUACACACACAUGCUAUUAGCCAUUUAUACGUACAUACUACCUUUGUAUGUAUUCAGUGAUUUAUUGGUUCCUUCAUUCAUUAUUUUUUUUAAUUAAUUAAUUAAUUAAUUAAUUCCUUAUUUAAAUUCCCUGUUGAUAUAAUUUAGACAUCUCCAGGCACGUUAUUCAAAGUGUCAUGUUACUACACCUGACAACCAACAUGCUGCUUCCUGUUAUCGCCCUUUCAAAGUAAAGUUUUUUGGAAUAUGUAACAUGAGGGGACUUUUAUUGUGAAAAGUUUUUUCCGGAAAUGAAAUGUUUUUCCUUGAAGUAGCUUAACUAUGGCCUCAAGUCAGCUGCAGUCACCGAUCCCACACAUAUUUGAAGCAGGUAGAUGAAAAUCCCUGCAGCUGUUUGAUGAGCCUGGCUCUGCUCUGAAGUGUCUGACACAGAGAGGAGGGGGGUCCCAUCUACGUUGUUGUCUGUCACAUAUCACUCUGCUACGCUAUUAUGUUUACCUGCCACCUCACUUCUAUCACACAUACACAUAGUUGGCCUAGUUAGCAAUGCAGAAUUGGGUGUAUUGUUUUUAUUAAUCCGUGCUGCACCCCCACCCCUGGUAUGAAUGCUUUCAGUCUGCAGGCUUCAAUCUAUGAGCAGGGUAACUCAGGGUUAGGUGAAGCAAACCUGCCAGCGAGCAGGUUGGUUUCAUGGAGUAUGUUCCCCGGGUAACUGAGUCAGUGUUGCGCUGAACUGGCUUUGAGAACCUGAAAAACCGGAGUUUCCCUCAUUACAGGGUUUACUAACUUGGGAUUUUCACUUAACCUGCUUUCUGAAACGGGCCCCU